AUGGAUACGCGCACUGGAGCCCAGAGAAUGGCUACACCACCAGCAUCGUAUGUUGGAGGCCAGUCCAAUGCCAAUACUCCGCAUACGCUCAGCGUGUCUCCUUUUGGCAGUCCUACUCCAAAGAGUGUCGCAUUCGAGCUCCUCUUCCCCGAAUCCCCUCAGUAUCGUGCGCGACUGCCCAUGAGGGUGCAAAUAUUCCCACACGACACCACAGACUCCAUCAUUACAACUGUUAAAAACUUUUACGGGUUGUAUGCUGGCCCUGGUGGUGCAAAGGGUGUUAGUUUUGAGGAUGACCAAGGCAAUACGCUAAUCGCCCGCUACGAAAAUCUGCGAAACAACAUGAUUGUGUAUGUUCGAGUGAUCGAAGAGCCAACACCAGCUUCCUAUCACUUGGGAUCACCAGCCAUAUCACAACCAUACUAUCCUGGGGAUGGUCAACAGAUGCCACCGCCGCAGCCGGCACAGGCGCUCAAUUACGGGCAACCAUUGUCUCGACCAAAUUCGAGAACAUCUCGCAAGCGAAGUGUCUCUCCCAAUAACGGACGUGGCCGCCGCAGCACAUCUGUGAGCACCAAUCCACCACUACCAAAGAAGAGUCGAUCUCGCUCGGGAUUCAAGAGUCGCGGGUCUAGCGCCCACGGAAGUUUUGCAGACUGCCACAGCGAUGGCAUGAAUGGCUAUAGCAGUGGUGACGGAGCUCCCGGAUCUGUUUCGAGCAGAACCAAGAGCGAACACAUUGGAAAUACAGAAAUCAGUUUGGACAACAUUGUUGAGGGUGGACGUCGCAAGAGGGCGAAGUUUGAAAGCUCGGAAUUACCAUUAUUCGCACCACCUCAAAUGCCAGCGGCAACCUCCAAUUCCUCGGUCUCACCCGCACGACGAAUGGAGCACCAUCGGGCUUCUCUCCCCUUUACACAUCCAGGCUCGAAUCCGUUCACCAACCCGCAGACGUUGCAAUCCCCACAAAGCUUCAGCAAUGGGUUUGGUCAGCCGGGGACAUUCUCUACACCUGCUCCUGGGUCCCGUCGGACUCGUGGAGGAGCGGCAUACCCACCUCGUCAAUCAAUUGGCUCAACUCCAGUUGGUGACAGCUCUGGAAUACUUCCUACACCAGAUCCUACAGUGGGUAGUUGCAUGUCGGAAGAAGAUAAGGAUGUUGCCAUGCAAUUGAUUCGUCUUGGAGAGAUGUCAAAUAUUUCUCACGGUCGCACAUCUGCUUCCACGCUUGAUGACACCUUCAGUGGUAGGGCCGAUGCGGCGUCAUCCACUGGCGCAACCAGUGACGAGGAGAGUGAAAGCGAGCCCGAACUCCCUCCAGCUCGCCGCCAAAAGCGGGAAGCUAGUCCUAUCCUUCCACCUGGCGCCAUGAAGAGAAUCCGUCCCCAUCUUGAUGAUAUUUUACCAAGUCAAGAUAGCAGUGAGCCAAGUGGGGAUGAGGCGGAUUAUGAAUUCAACCCGGGCCACAACGAUGCCUCCGCAGAAGGUCUCGACCAGAAACCAAAGAUGCCAAAGGCCAGAAGUAUGCCAUCGAUCAUCAUGGGUAAGCCUAAGACGAGCGCGUCGGGGGCCAAGGUCAACAAGACCAGUAAAUCCAAGAUUCCCCGACCUGGCCAGGUUGUCAAGUCAAAGAAGUCGGCCAGUGUAUCUGGAAGCACCAAACCAAUCUCGCCAACAUCUUUACCUCCUCAAUCCCGCAAGACUUCAAAUGCAUCGGCGUUGAACUUUCAACAUCAACUUGGUGAGGAUGAGGAAGAUUUAUCAUCCAAACCUCGUUGCCAGCGUUGCCGAAAGAGCAAGAAGGGUUGUGAUCGUCAAAGGCCAUGCCAACGUUGCAAAGAUGCCGGCCUCAGUGCAGAUCAAUGCGUUAGCGAAGACGAGAACAAUGGUCGUAAAGGUCGAUAUGGACGUCAUAUGGGUGUUCCAGUCAAGAAGGACGAUAUGUUGGCUGAGACUCCUAUUCUCCCUACCUUGAUGGCUGGUGGUCAAGGUAGCCCAGAUAAGAGCAAGAAGAGAAAGCGGUAG